CUUUUAUCACGACUAGUCAGGAUUAGUCAUACUGUGUUGAUUCUUCAUCAAGAUGGAUGACCUUGUUAUCAUUGAUGAUGCUGAGGUUGAAGAGAUCAGAAGUGCACUAGAAACGGAUGAUCUCCCAUCAGCGGUUGGAAGAAUUAAGGAGUAUUUGGACCAGCAAGACCGUGUGGAACUUAACAUUGCUGUAACAGGAGAGUCUGGUUCUGGGAAAUCUACAUUCAUCAAUGCCUUCAGGGGUAUUGGGGAUGAGGAAAAGGACUCUGCUAAAACUGGUGUUGUAGAGACCACUAAAGAACCUACUGCUUAUUCUCACUCCAAAUACCAAAAUGUUAAACUGUGGGAUCUCCCUGGCAUCGGAACACCCAACUUCAAAGCUGAUGAAUAUCUUAAACAGGUUCAGUUUCAACGUUAUGAUUUUUUCAUUAUCAACGCUGCAGAUCGCUUCAGAGAAUACCAUGCACAACUGGCAGCAGAGAUUGUCAUAAUGAAUAAAACAUUUUAUUUUGUUCGCUCCAAAAUUGAUGCCAACAUUUAUGCUGAGCAAAGGAAGAAGACAUUCAACAAAGAAAAGACACUGGAAGCUAUCCGAGCAGACUGCAUCAAAGGUCUUGAAGAGAUUGGUUUAAGCAAUCCUUCUGUUUUCCUGAUUUCUAGCUUUGAUCUUGCUCUGUAUGAUUUUAAUCGUCUUGAGGAAACCAUGGAGAGGGAGCUUCCCCAGCACAAGAGACACGUUCUGAUGUUGGCCCUUCCAAACAUCACAUUGGAGAUCAACGAGAGAAAAAAGAAGUCAUUGCACAGCAACAUAUGGAAGUUGGCUCUGCUUUCUGCUGGUGUUGCGGCGUUGCCGAUUCCUAUUUUGAAUGCGACUGCAUCAAUUAGCGUAGACGUGACCAUCUUGGUUCUGGAGCUUCGAAGAUAUUACAAAGCUUUUGGGCUUGACCCUGAAUCCCUGGAGAGGCUCUCUGAGAGAUCAGGGAGGUCAGUAGAUGAGCUGAAAUCUAGGCUGAAAUCCCCCUUGAGUAAAGAAAUAAGCAGAGAUGUGGUCAUUAACUUGCUGAAGAGUUCAACCGGUUUUGCUUUAGAAGCAGCAGCAGAAUACUGGCUGGGUUUAAUACCUAUUGUGGGAUCUCUGGCAUCUGGUUCGCUCUCUUUUGCCACUGUGUACUACAUGCUGCAUAAGUGUCUUAAUGAGCUGGCAGAAGAUGCCAAAAAUGUGCUAAUGGUUGCUUUAGAAACACCAGUGUAA